CUACCCCAGGCAUUACCACAGCAUGGAGGUGUUUGCCCACUACGACAUCAUGGACGCCGAGGGAAACCGUUUGGCCGAGGGAAGUAAGGCCAGUUUCUGUCUGGAGGACACUGUGUGUGACCCGGGGGUAGUCCCACAGUACAACUGUCGAGGCUACGCGGAACAAGGUCUUUCUGUGAACUGUUCUGACAACUACAUGUACGAUAUCGACUGUCAGUGGAUCGACAUCACAGACAUCAAGCCAGGCGACUACACCUUUUUACUGGAAGUGAACCCCAGUUUGUUGGUGGCUGAGAGUGACUUCGGCAACAAUGUGGUCAGUUGUCAGCUCAACUACAACGGUUACUUCGCCUUCUUGAAGAACUGCCAUUACGAGAGUCUCCUGGAGUAUAGGAAGCCGAUCAAGAUGGGAUAAUCGUGGGACCUCUUCAGAAUUUGUGAAACGUCUUGCAUGCUACAUCUUAACAAUAAACAUGUGGGCAUCGUGGCGAAAUCAGACGCUCGUCAAAAUAAUGAAAUCGAAGAACCGACAUUAUUACGCCUGUUGAACAAUUUCUAAUGACAUUUUUUUGUUUGGCUCAAGGCCCUUUAAGACCAUUAAAAAAUACAGUAAUGUGUGGAUUUUUACUGAAAACCAUUGAUCAAAGGUACAGCGAAAUGUAAAUUUGCAUUUUUCCAGGACUCUCAGGCUUUGAAGUUCACUAAACUUUGGCGGCUAUUUAUUCGUUAAUCUUACUUCUGAUACCUGACGAUCUCCACCUCUUUCAAUCACAAAUAUCUCGACUUCUAUUCAAGAGAAAUGAGUAUUUUUACCGCCAAAAUCAAAGCUAAUAAACAGGCAUUAAGAUUAUAAGGAUAACUCCAUAUGCCCCUAAAGCUGACAAGCGCCUGAUUCUACCGCGUCGUAACACAAAUGUUACAGGGCGUCAAGAAACAAGGAAGAUAUUAGAUUACCAAAGAGGAUAACGGGAACAUGUAUGGGAACCAUGAAAAUACUAACAAGCGGACAAAGCCACGACAUACUCAUUAGUAUAACCGUUGUGCUAGCCGAUGGUAGUCUAAAAUUGCGAAGUGUUUGUAAAGACAAUGAACAUUACAAACAUGCUCAAGUAGAAAAAAUUCAGUGGAAAAUCCCGUGAACUUUUUGAAUCUGUAAUGUAAUAGCAACAAAAUAAGUAUUUCUGUAAUGUAAAAGCCAUGUGCCAAAACACAUCAAGAACGACACUCGGUGAAUUCGUGUAAGGCAAAAUGCCAACCUGCCUCGAUUCCGUAAGAUGUGAUUAUUAAUGUACAUCUAUUGCCGUCCUCAUUUCAAAAAACAAAAACAAGCUUACGUCAAGUUCAUUAUUUCUAAAGACCAAAGCCCCAUCUUUGCCGAUGUUACAAUUCUUCUGAAUUCUCUUCAAAGAAAACAAUAAUUCUCCUAGAAGGGAAAGAAUUGCUCUAUGUACGCAUAUUAUAAUAAUAUCUCUCAUCUGAACUAAUUCGCUUACUUUCUGUACUCGUUAAUAAGCUUCCUUUUGCAACUUCAUAAUUCCCUCUGACCGCUUGGGAAAGUUUCCCCAAAUGUCGACAUGGAGGACAAUUUUUCCUUGUCCCCUGCCGAUGAAGCUUUCUUUUCAACAACAAAAAAAUAACAAUAAAUAGGAAACAGUUAAUCUGUUCAUUCAUAUUACUUUCUACUGGUGAUCUCAUUUCAUAGGCGAAAAGGCGAGUCAUUCGUCGUUUUGCUUACAUUUAUCAUAAUUACUUUAUCCGUCUCUGAAUAUAAUAUCGUUUCACACUUUCAGGUCACAUUGUGUCAUUGAAUGGUAUAAGAAGAAAUAAAUUGUGACAGUUUUAGCUUACCUCGUACAUUUUUGUAUAAACUGCAAUUAAAAUCUUGAUAUUCUUAUAGUAUAGACCCGAAAAUCACGAUGUAAGGUGCAGAAUUUCGCUACCGUGACUUCGUCAUUUCAUCAUUGCAAUCACUUAUCACUGCUCAAGACAUUGACAUAUGAUCAUUUCCUUAGCUUUGCAAGGGAAGAAUUGCCAAACCAGGCGCUACAAUUCCUUCGACAAGGUCAAGUCUCGUUUUAACAUACUUCGUCAUGGUUUCAUUUUCCAUAACAGCGAUCUUUCUGGGGUCGAAACUGACUUUUUCGUUCCAUGAAAAAUGUACCAUUCUUCUUCUUAUUUUAUUUUUUUUAGAUCAAAAGUUUUAUGCACCUAGUUAUUGUUGUGACAUAUCUAAGACUAUGCAAACAAUUUUUGUAGUUCACUCCAAAACUGACUUGUCCAUUGGGCAUUAAAUGUUUUUGGUUUUGGUUUUCUUAUUGCACACUUUAA